AUGUGGAAAGGACUUAGAUUAACGCAAUCACAGUUAGCUAAACUUCAUUUCAAUGGACAUAAACUGCAGCCAGUCGGAGUUCCUGCUCUAGAUUCUGUAUUGAAUCAAUGGUAUGAAUUUUGUAAGAAACCUCCUAAAGGGUUCGAAAAAUAUUUUCAACCUGGAGGUAGUCCAAAACAGACGAAAAAGCCUGAAUCAGAUGCAUCACCACCUCCUUCAAAGAGUUCACCGCCACCGCCGAAACCGAGUUCGCCGCAAGACAAAUGGAAUAUGAAUAUGUUCUCAAGCUCUGCUGGAGGUGGCAGAGGAACAGGCCGCGGUGGAUAUGAAGGUCAAGAUAAAGAAAAAUGGAUGAUGUUCGGUGCUUUAGGUGUCGUAACUUUAUUAGCCUCAAUAGCCUACUUCGAACUAAGAUAUAGAGAAAUAAGUUGGCGAGAUUUUGUCAAUUUAUAUCUUAACAAGGGUCUUGUUGAAAAACUAGAAGUUAUAAAUAAAAAAUGGGUUAGAGUGAGAUUACAGGGCUCUGCUAUUGAAGGAAAGAUAAUAUGGUUUGCUAUUGGCAGUGUUGAUUCAUUUGAAAGAAAUUUAGAAAAUGCACAAAUUGAAAUAAAUGUGGACCCACCUAAUUUUGUUCCAGUCAUUUAUAAGACUGAGGUAGAAGCUGCUAGCUUGACAGGGAUGUUGCCAACCUUAUUAAUAAUUGGAUUUUUAAUUUAUAUGAUGAGAAGAUCUGCAGAUAUGAUGGGAAGGGGUGGUCGUAAAGGAGGUGGUAUUUUUGGUGGGGUUAUGGAGUCUACCGCAAAACUGAUAAACCCAACAGAUAUAGGUGUGAAAUUCCAAGAUGUUGCUGGUUGUGAAGAAGCUAAAAUUGAGAUUAUGGAGUUUGUGAACUUUUUGAAAAACCCACAACAGUAUAUUGAUUUAGGAGCUAAAAUUCCUAAAGGAGCCUUAUUAACUGGACCACCUGGUACCGGUAAGACUCUCCUGGCCAAGGCUACAGCUGGAGAAGCAAAUGUUCCUUUCCUUACAGUGUCAGGAUCUGAGUUUUUGGAAAUGUUUGUUGGUGUAGGUCCAUCUAGAGUUAGAGAUAUGUUUUCUAUGGCUCGUAAGCAUGCACCUUGUAUACUAUUUAUUGACGAAAUAGAUGCUGUUGGAAGAAAGAGGGGAGGUCGAAGUUUUGGAGGGCAUUCAGAACAGGAAAAUACUCUCAAUCAACUUCUAGUUGAAAUGGAUGGGUUUAAUACAACAACUAAUGUUGUAGUACUGGCCGCUACUAACAGAGUAGAUAUUUUAGAUAAAGCCUUAUUAAGACCUGGUAGAUUUGAUAGGCAAAUAUUUGUACCAGCCCCAGACAUCAAAGGAAGAGCUUCCAUUUUCAAAGUUCAUUUAGCCCCACUGAAGACCACAAUAAACAAGGAGAACUUGGCACGUAAAAUGGCUGCAUUAACUCCAGGUUUCACUGGUGCAGACAUAGCUAAUGUAUGUAAUGAGGCUGCACUCAUCGCCGCUCGUGAACUAGCCAAUGAUAUUACAAUGAAAAACUUUGAACAAGCUAUAGAAAGAGUAGUGGCUGGAAUGGAAAAGAAAUCCAAUGUUCUCCAACCAGAUGAAAGGAAGAUUGUGGCUUAUCAUGAAGCAGGGCAUGCUGUUGCAGGCUGGUUCUUACAACACGCAGACCCUUUGCUAAAGGUCUCAAUCAUACCAAGAGGCAAAGGCCUAGGUUAUGCCCAGUAUCUUCCCAAAGAACAGUAUUUGUACAGUAAAGAACAGCUCUUUGAUAGAAUGUGUAUGACACUUGGUGGAAGAGUCAGUGAAGAAAUCUUUUUCGGAAGAAUCACUACGGGAGCUCAAGAUGACUUGAAAAAGAUUACCCAAAGUGCCUACGCCCAAAUCGUACAUUACGGUAUGAAUGCUAAAGUUGGUAAUGUUUCAUUUGAAAUGCCCCAACCCGGUGAAAUGGUAAUAGACAAACCUUAUUCGGAAAAAACCGCUGAAUUAAUCGACUCUGAAGUUAGAGAACUAAUCAACACAGCACACAAACAUACUACGGAGUUGUUGACGAAACACAAGUCGAACAUCGAGAAAGUCGCGGAAAGACUUUUGAAGCAAGAAAUUUUGAGCAGAGAUGACAUGAUCGAACUUUUAGGUCCUAGACCAUUCCCAGAAAAGAGUACUUAUGAAGAAUUUGUUGAGGGAACUGGAUCAUUUGAGGAAGAUACUACUCUACCAGAAGGUUUAAAAGAUUGGAACAAAGAGAAGCAACCUUCCACCCCUCCUCCAGAGAGCAUACCAUCAGGAUCUAGCCCCACUAAAAAU